AUGGCCGGCGAGUAUAUCACACUGGAGAGUCCGUCAGUUUACCCGGCGGGCGGGAAACUCCGUCCGGCUCGGCGACUUUCCACCAAUCACCUGGUUCUGCUGACCCUCCUGGUGGGCAGUUCGCUAAUCAUCACCUACGCCUACUGGGAUGUGAUGAUGCUGACCGCCGGCGCUUUGCCCUUGGCCAGAAUCGAUCCCACUGGACUGUCCAACGAAACGCUGGCCGAGAAGCUCUACCGGGAGGUGAGGAUCCUGUGCUGGGUGCUCACCACACCUAAGUAUCACAAAUCGAGGGCCGUCCACGUGCUGCGCACCUGGGGCAAGCGCUGCAACAAGAUCUACUUCAUGACCUCGGAGCCGGAUGACGAGCUGCCCACCGUGGUGCUGACCAAGCCGGACCGCUACGAGGUCCUCUGGGGCAAGACCAAGGAGGCCUUCACCCACAUCCACGAAAAUAUGCGCGACGAGGCCGAUUGGUUCAUCAAGGCGGAUGAUGACACCUACGUAUUUUUGGAGAAUUUGCGCUACAUGCUCUACCCCUAUUCCCCGGAAAUCCCUAUUUAUUUUGGAUUCAAUUACAAGAUGAUCGGCAAUCACCAGAAGAACGAGUCGUACAUGUCCGGGGGCAGUGGCUACGUGCUGAGCCGCGAGGCUCUGAAGAUCUUCGCCGAGGGCCUCAACGACACCGCCAAGUGCCGCCAGCAGGACGAUUCCGCCGAGGACGUGGAGAUGGGCAAAUGCCUGUUUAAUCUCGGCGUUAAGGCCGGCGAUUCCCGGGACGAGCAGUUGCGCAACCGAUUCUAUCCGAUUGCCCCCUUCGGAGCGCUUCUUUCGGGCAACGUGGGCAUAGACUUUUGGCUCUACAAAUACGCCUACUACAACGCAAGAUCGUGCAUGGACUGCCUGUCCGAGUACCCGGUGGCCUUCCACUAUGUGAACAGCAAGCAGCUGUACGUGUACGAGUACUUCAACUACCAGCUCCAGUUGGCCGGAAGGCAGCAGGUGGCGGAGCGGCUGCCCGAAAGGAUCAGGGAGGAGGACCUGGUCAUCCCCGAGAGCGACAAUCCGGUGACCUAGCAGCAGGCGACUCAGCCAUUGGCCCUCUCCGCCAGCCACAAUCUCUACUUUUUUCAUCUCCC